GCGGGAUCCCUCCCCUCCGGCGGCCCGAACCCCGCGGGAGCGGCGCCACGGCGAUGUGCCACUCCGCCUCGCACCCGCCGUAGCGGCGCGGCUGCCUCCGCCAUGAAGCGGAAGAGCUGGGCCGAGGCCCGGCGCCGCGCACCGGCGGCUCCGCCGGCUCUGAAGAGAACUCGGGGCGCGGCGUCGCGAGCGGCGGGGGGCGAGGCAGAGCGGCGGCGGCAGCAGCAGCAGGAACCGCCGCCUCCUCCUCCUCCUCCUCCCGCCGGGCUGGAGACCUGCCUGAGGAUCGCCGAUCGCCUUUAUUUUGCAAUUCUCUGCCAAAAACCAAAGAGUGGAGCUGCAAAUAGCCAUUAUUUCUGCAUAGAUGAUGAACUUGUAUAUGAGAACUUCUAUGCAGACUUUGGACCACUCAAUCUGGCAAUGGUCUACAGAUACUGCUGCAAGCUAAAUAAGAAAUUAAAGUCAUUUUCAUUGAUAAGGAAGAAAAUAAUUCAUUAUACUGGCUUUGAUCAGAAAAAACAAGCAAAUGCUGCAUUCCUCAUAGGCUCCUACGCAAUAAUAUACCUGAGAGAAUCCCCAGAAGACGUGUACAGGCUUAUAUUGGCUGGAAGCGUUUCAUAUCUUCCUUUCAGGGAUGCUUCCUUUGGUACUUGCAGUUUUCAUCUCACAUUGCUGGACUGUUUUCAUGCAAUAAACAAGGCUUUGCAGUAUGGUUUCCUGGAUUUCAAUACGUUUGAUGUAAAUGAAUAUGAGCAUUAUGAAAGAGCAGAAAAUGGAGAUUUUAACUGGAUAAUACCAAACAAAUUCAUUGCCUUCAGUGGACCUCAUUCAAGAAGUAAAAUUGAAAAUGGCUAUCCCCACCAUGCUCCAGAAGCUUAUUUCCCAUACUUCAGGAAACAUAAGGUCACCACUAUAAUACGCCUCAACAAAAAACUGUAUGAUGCCAAACGAUUUACAGAUGCUGGAUUUGAGCAUUUUGACCUCUUCUUUGCUGAUGGAAGCACACCUAGUGAUACUAUAGUUAAAACAUUUCUAAAUAUUUGUGAAAAUGCUGAAGGUGUUAUAGCCGUUCACUGCAAAGCUGGUCUUGGACGAACUGGCACACUUAUUGCCUGUUAUAUUAUGAAGCAUUAUCGGAUGACAGCUGCUGAAACUAUUGCCUGGAUUAGAAUAAAUAGACCUGGUUCAGUGAUUGGACCGCAACAACACUUCCUGAUGGACAAACAGGCAGAACUUUGGACAGAAGGAGAUAUUUUCCGUGCAAAGUUGAAAGGAAACCGUAAAAUUGCUGUAACAAGAAUUCUCUCAGGAGUAGAUGAUAUUUCAAUUAACGAUACAAGAAACAGGAGAAUGAGCCGAAAGGACAUAGAACUGUACAGUGAUGAAGAUGAAACAAAUUGUGUAACACAAGGUGAUAAACUUCGUGCUCUGAAAAGUAGAAGACAGGCAAAAGCUCCAACUCCAUCAGUGUUAACAUGGCUCCUAGCUAUGCUGGUGUCUACAUUGUGUAGCAUUGUCAUCUGGUGGAUUGUAUGUGGCUCCCUUCUGCCCAGCCUGCUAUUCUGUCUAGAUGGUUUAAGAACAUAGUAACCAUCAGGACCCCCUGAGAGAGAGCCACUGUCAGCCAGUCCAUCUCAAGGACUAGAAAAGUACUGUGUUAAAUUUCAAAUAAGCAACCAACAUUGAAGAGGAUAUUCAGGAAUGAAGGGGAUAUGAUCUCUAGAGAGGACUUGAUGCUAUUCAAGGAAGAUUACUAUGGCUCCAUUUUUCAGAAAAAAGUGAAACAGAAGAAUCUCUUCCAUACUUGUAGAAUAAAAUGAAUGUCAACAUACUUGGUAGACAUUUUUCUAAUGUACUAUCACUUCCCCAGACAAAACCAACAAAAUCUGUGUAGAUUUAGACUCAGGUGUAAAUACUUACGCUCUCUAUUAUAAAGAGGGUUUGCUAGUAUGUAUGAUGCAUGUGUAUAAAUUGUGAUGGCAAUCACUUAGCUGCUGACCACCAGAAAUUAAAAGAUGGUGGGAGCUUUUAAGUAUAUAAAUCUGUGUUGUUCAUUCAGACUGGUCUCAAGUCCCCACUUGAGACUGAAAAUCAAACACAAAAGCAUAUUUCCUAUAGUAUUGGUACUCUCCUGUGUUAACUGGCUAUUCUUUAUUAUUUUGUAUGAAGUUUUUUAUGAAGCUGCAGUAUUGAGUACACGAAGUAAAUAUUGUCCACCAAAGAGUGCUUUAUUUUCAAAGGUUGUGUGGUUUGAUUAGUUUGAAAAAGCUAACUAUACAUAAUUAACUUGGUUUUAAUAGUAACAGAUUUUCAGUUGUUCACAGCCGGUGGCUCUUUUAACUAGUUGUAAUUGCUUUAAACCUGGUAUGAUUUUAAAGGGGAGGAAAAACAGCGUACCAUUUAAAGCAGUGCUGUCAUAUUGAAAUAUCAUUACUGUUUCUUCUCUUAUCUUCAAGUCUUCUAGGUGAAACUUUAGAUCAAUGUAUCUAAAAGACUGGAAUUUUUCCCAGGUUUUAUCAGUACACUUAACAUGUGGGUGUCACUGAUUUUUAGCUUUGAGACACUUAAUGAGUGCAACACACAAAAAAGGGAAAAUAAGGUUGCUGUUCACUGAGAUUAGUAGUGGAACUCAAGGGUAGGUAUAGCUUUUAUACAGCUUACCUCUGUUAAAAAGCAGGGUAAUUUUUAGAGGAAUCUGUCUGAGACUGAAAUUUUCAUCUACUACAAGCAUUUUUUCCCCACCACUUUUCACAUUAUGAGAUCUCAAAGCUGACUUUGCAGUGAUGUACCCUUCUCUGCCAACUGAAGUUUAUAGCUGCAUAUCUUUCAGAUGAGGACUGUUACCACAUAGCCUUAAAUAUGAUAGCUGUCUGUUGAUUUAGUGACUCUUACAGUAGAAAGUAGAAGAAAUUGAGAGAUCUGAAAUGUUAGCAAUGGAAUGACUGAAGUUUUUAAAGAUGCACAUUACUUCUGAAAGGAGGGGAGAAGUUCCUUUUUAUGAAUGUAAACGGGCAGGUUCAGUGACUUGUUUCAGUCUACAUCCUUUUAAAUUCAAAUUGAGCUUUCUGUUAGGCUGGUGAUUUUUGAAUGCCAGUAUGGAUAACCACACAUUGGCCUGAAAACAUUUUCUGGCAAGAGCAUCAUGAUUCAGAUGGGAAGUGGGAUGUGAAGUGUAAGCUUACAGUUAGCAUCCAUGAGUUUGGAUUGUCAAAAUUUGCAAAUAUGAAUACAAAGAAAAUAGCAGAGGCUUGUGUGGUGCAAAAUAAAGGACUGUUGAGGCUCAGACCCCAAAUACUUUUUGUUUUCCUCUUAACCUUCGCCCUCACGACCAUUUUCUUCUAGGUGAAAAAGCACCUAAAAGAGAGGGACAGAAUUCACCCUGAUACAGUGGUUAAAAUUUCCUGUCUUCUCUUGGUUUUGUUUUUUGUUUAAGCCACUUGCCCAAAAGCUGAACUACAGGUAACCACAAUAGUAGUUCUAUUGUGCAACUAUGAAUCUGUGUUUAUUUUGGAAGAAAAUUCUUAUCUUGGAAAGCAGAAGGGAUGCAACUGGUGAGGUUGUUGUCCAAAAAGCACAUUUGUUGCCUGGUGUGCAAUGAACCAGUUCUGACACACAGGAAAGUUACUGCUUUUUAUUCAGGCCUGGGUGCUUGGUGGAUUUCCACAAAUCAAGCAUACCCCAUGCUGGUUUCCUUGAUAUAUUUCUAAACAAAAGUGAAAGGUAGUACAUGCCCAGUUACAAGGAUUGCUUAGUAAUUUAUAUACAAUUAUAGUAUCUGCUGUGUCACUCUCUUCAGUCACUGUGCCUGCAUGGAGGAAGGGUUUUCACAUGGAUCUUUUAGACAUCUCUGUGUGUGUUUUAGUAUUAUAAUGAAGACAGUUCAGUUAAGAAUGCCUGGACUUGGGUUUUCACUGCCAAAUUGCCAUUGUUUGUAGAAACAUCUUGAUUACACGUCCAUUUAAGGUCUUACAUGUCCCAGGAAGACCAAAUAAUUAGGCUACAGAUGUUCCUUCAAGCAAUUCACUUUGACCCACUCCUUAGCAACUAUCUACAAUCAUCCCUAACUAUAAAGUCAGUACCUAAAAGCUUAAUUAACUACAGAGCCGUGGUUAAUUUUAAAUUUGAUGAUAGAUAUCAAAGUGAGAGGAUAAGAGUCAAAGCAAGAAAGAAGUAGUAAUAUUCUUCUCUCAGCUGAGCUUCCUCUUUUAGUCUUUGUUUUUAAACGAAAAAUGAUCAGUCUAUUUUACACUCCUUCCAAAUUCCAAAUUGGAAUUUUCCCUUUUACAGUAACCAGCAGAGCCAUUAGCACUUUCAUGUUCAUCUGAAGUAAAUUUGCAUAAAAAAAAAUGCAUAAACACACAAUAGCAACUCUAGCUAAACCAAAACUGCAUGUUUGGCAUCAAUGUGUUUCAGGAUACCCCUUCCACUACCUUAUUAUCUUAGUGAGAAACACAUAGAUGUCAUUGAACUCUCCAAACGGCCUUACAUGGAAAAUUACCUCAUUACCUCAUUGUGUCCCAUCUAAUUGUAUUGCUUAGUUUGUUCUGAAUUUUUGGUACUUUGUCUAGCUUUUUUAUUAUGCCAUACCAAAGCUGUCUUAAGUACAAGAAUGAAGAGUAGGCAUGGGGAGGGAUGGUUUCUCAAUCUUUUUUGAACUGUGAAGUAUUAAGUGCCAAAAUGGAACACGUGGUGUCAGCUGCAUCACCAUUGUUCCACAGAGCAGCUGGGGAGCUGUGACAGCAGCAGUUAUUUCUGCUGUCGUCAGUUGGGAGUUUUUCCUUAGAAAUACUUUCCCUUCUUUAAAAUGCAUGACAGAUGCAUUCUCCCUUGAUCUCUUAUUCAAAAGUAUGCAGUAUACUCAAAAGCUGUAGUACCUUGGGUCAAAUCCCAAUUUGGGCAAUCCCAGGCACAAAUACAGGUUGGGCAGAGAAUGGAUUGAGAGCAGCCCUGAGGAGAAGGACUUGGGAGUGCUUGUGGAUGAGAACCUCAUCAUGAGCUGGCAGUGUGUGCUGGCAGCCCAG